AUGGAAUGUGAAGAGUUAUAUGAUGCCCUAGACAAUUCGAGACCAUCAGAACAAGAGUUACCGCAUGAAGAUUUUGGUGAUUGUGAGUUGAAAUCCAAGCCAUAUGUCGGAAUGCAAUUUGACUCCCUUGAUGAUGUUGAAACUUUUUACAAAGAAUUUGCCAAAAAAGAAGGUUUUGGAAUCUGUAUCCGUACGAGUAAAAAAGCACCCAGAAGUGAUGAUGUAACAAGUCGUAUUUAUGUAUGUUGUAGUGAAGGGCAGCGCAAAACAAAAAAUGCAUUAGACAAUGGUUUGAGUAGAGAUGAUGAAAACAAGGCCCGUAGAAGUUGCUUAAGUCUUAGAACUGGAUGUGAAGUAAUGCUUAGGGUCAUGAAGAAUAAGAAGUUGCAGAAUUGGGUUGUGAAGGGAUUUGACAACAACCACAAUCAUGGUAUUAUUAGUCCAAAGAGUGUGUCAUACCUCUGA